UGGAACAUGCCAGCGGCGGUCUCCACCCGGCCGGGCCUCAGCCUGGGCUCAGCAUGGGCUCGGGGAGAACCGUCAAGUUUGCCGUGUGCGAGGUGCUGCAGUUCGCCAGCCUGUGCGUGCCGCUCUUCAUCGUCAUGCAGAGGUUCGCCGUCAUCGUGGCCAAGGUCAAAAGGUCGGCGCGCCCCCCCGGCGACGACGAUGUGGCCUACUGGCUGAUCGUGACCUCGUCCAUCGCCUACGUCAUGUCCACCGCCCUGCUGGUGUGGGCGCCGCUCAAGUACUUGCUGUUUGUCAAGAACAAGAUGCUCCUUGGCAGGAAGAAGUGGAGGCCCAUUGCCCUCGUCUACGUCAUCAUGUCCACCUUACCCUGCUUCGCCUUCCUCAUCGCCAGCUCUCAGGUUCAGAUCAAUAACGGUAUCAAACACGACACGUUCACGGAGCUCCCCGUGUCUCUAAUCCUCUUCUCUCUCAUCUGUAUCGACGUUGUGGAAAGAAUACGCCACUGCAGACUGACAGGCCAGGACCGUCCCUUGGAAAGAGACGCCGACAUUCCCUCUUCGAUCCUCACGCACGUGGAACAGAUCACGCCGGUCACUCCCUUGGUGCCCGGGCCGGCAGCGCCCGGACCAAACGUGCCCGGGCCGGCUGUGCCUCGCCAGGCCAUUGGCACGCCCCCUGUGACGGUGGGACCCGGCCAACCGGGAGACCGAAGUCAGAACGGCGCAGCUCUCAGGCCAGAGACCAAUGGCACGGCCCCAGGGAUGGCUGUGAACGGCAGGAGAUUGUUGACUGUCCACGACUCGGAGGCAGCCCACACGGGCCCUUUGCGCUUCCUGUACGCCAGCGACGCUCGAGCCGACGUGUUUGUGGACAGUUUUCUUUUCUGGAUGGACACGGUGGAGAUGACGAGGGUCGCGACUCACCCGCUGGUCUUUUACUCGGCCUGGGUGUGUCCUAUUUACAUCUUGUGCUACCUUUCGUGUCUGCGCGUGGUGCUGGUGCCCCACAACCCCUCGCUAUCUUCUCUUGGUGUGGCCCUGCAAGACUUGCCCUUCCUCUUUGUACGCGUGGGCCUGCUGGCCUUCUUCGGCCUGGUCACGCCGCUCCUCUACCCCAUGAAGAACCUGCUGGUGUGCCUGGCCUUUGUCUAUUUUAACUUCAUGACCAAGCUUAGGGUGUUCAACACGCAGAGAAUGUUCUUAUGACACGUUCAUGCUAGUGGGCCACUCUAUUCAAUUACGGUUGUAGAAAGUAGCGAUACUUCGAUACCAAGUCGAUACCAAUACGCAAAAAAAUGCGUCGAUACCUGCUUUUUUUAGUAUCUUCAGUACCACAUACACUUUUCCCUUGGUGCUUGCUGUCUUAAAAAAUUAUCGAGUAUUUCCAUGUAGUUGCUCCCCGGUUCGCCAUUGCUCGUAAACAAAUGUUAACGGAAGAAAGAAAAAGAGCACUCAUAAAGGAGUGAGGAAAAAAGAACUAAGGAUGCGAGGAACAUAAAUAGCGCAGAUAAGGUGUGAAGAAGUUACAGUUAAAGGGGAACAUUAUCACAAUUUCAGAAGGGUUAAAACCAUUAAAAAUCAGUUCCCAAUGGCUUAUUUUAUUUUUCGAAGUUAUUUUCAAAAUUUUACCCAUCACGCAAUAUCCCUAAAAAAAGCUUCAAAGUGCCUAAUUUUAACCAUCGUUAUAAACACCCGUCCAUUUUCCGGUGACGUCACAUAGUGAAGCCAACACAAACAAACAUGGCGGAAAGAACAGCAAGCUAUAGCGACAUUAGCUCGGAUUCAG